CCAAGACGUUCGUUCUUGCUGGCGCCGUCGCGACGCCGAACAAGGGUUCCUCUCAUCUUUCCCGUCCGAUCGCUAAACAUUGGACGAUUGGCGGAAGUGUUUCGGUCUUAAAACAUGAGAGAAAUAUUUCGGGCAAAGUUUUUGAGCAAUCUGAUUCGCUCGAGAUGGCAGAUUCGAUCUUGCUCGAGAAUUUCACAGCCAAAUUAUCGCAGCAGAGGUUCAUUUUUCGCGUAUGCGAUGAUUCGUUCUUAUACAACGGAACUGCAACCCCAGUUGUCGCGGGACCUUAUUAAGAUAAUGGAGCAGAGAUUAUCUGCGAUAGAGUGCCGCAAUGCUGUUCUUGAGAAGCUUGUAAACCAGCCUGAAUACUCACCGACGGAGUUCUCAAGAGCUAAUAAGGAACUCCGGAAGCUGAGGGAAUCAAUGGAGCUGAUAAACGAAUUAAGGGCCAAACAAAAGGAGAUUGAUGGACUGAAAUCUCUUGUGUCUGAGUGUUCUGAGGAUAAGGACAUGCUAGACAUGGCUGUUGCUGAGCUAGAUGAGGCGGUGAAUGAAGAAAAAAGAGUGCAGACUUUGCUGCUCAGAUCGUUGCUCCCUAAAGAUGAAGCUGACGAGAGGGAUUGUAUCCUGGAGGUGAGAGCAGGUACUGGAGGAGAGGAGGCCUCUCUGUUUGCCAUGGACAUAUUUAAAAUGUAUGAGAGAUACUCACAGAAGAAGGGUUGGAAAUUUGAAGUGGUAGACAUCACUGAGUCAGAUUUGAGAGGAUAUAAAGAAGCGAGUGCUGCAGUAUCCGGAGCAGGUGUGUAUGGAAAAUUUAAAUUCGAGAGUGGUAUCCACAGGGUUCAGCGUAUUCCUGUAACAGAGAAAUGUGGGCGUAUUCACACCAGUGCCGUAUCUGUUGCCAUCCUCCCUCAGGCAGAUGAGGUAGAUGUCCAGCUAAGGAACGAAGACUUGAGGAUUGAUACUUAUAGGUCUGGUGGCUCUGGUGGUCAGCAUGCCAACACGACGAACAGUGCAGUCAGAAUGACUCACCUUCCGACUGGGAUGACGGUUUCAAUCCAAGAUGAAAGAUCUCAACAUAUGAACAAAGCCAAAGCGCUCAAAGUACUAUGUGCAAAGCUUUAUGAAAUCGAGAGGUCAAGAAUUCAUACCAGUCGAUCGAAACUACGAUUUGAGCAGGUAUAUCAAGUAAAAGAUUUUUCAUUCCGGAAAGCGGGUUUCAGUCAUUCCUCUCUCCCUACCUGUGUGUAUAGAUACAUAUUAACAGAUGGCGUUGAGCAGAUUGGAAGUGGAGACAGAUCUGAGCGUAUACGUACAUACAACUUUCCACAAGGGCGUGUCACAGAUCAUCGGGUCGGCAUAACUCACCACGCCAUAGACGAUAUGAUGCAGGGAGAGAAUCUGGAUAUCUUCAUCGAUGCCCUUCUCUUGCGUCAAGAAAUGGACGCCAUAGCCUCUUUCAGCUCCUCUGUGUAGAGAGGAAGACCUGCUUCACAGAUUUUGCAUCACAAAGGUAAAAAAGAACCAAACUUAAACUGAACCCACCAUGGAAAUGGAGAGUCAUCCAUCUGGUUGCUUCAGCUGUCGGAAUAAAGCUGGGAAACGGAUCACAGAGAGGAAGAAAGGAAUGGGAAAAGGGCAGAGCCAGGGAAGAGGCAGUGCAUGGGUGGAGACCAAACAUUCUUCAACUGUUUGUUUGUCUAGUCACUCCAUCCAUGCUCUGUCUCUUCCCCGUCUCAUGCUCCGCCCCUUCUUUCCUCUUCCUCCAACGAAUAAGAACUCUACCUUUUCAUUGUCUGAAAAUUCUUCUGCAUCUCGAAAUGGCCAAUCGAAGACCAGUUUUUUGUUUUUUCGGUUUCUGGGUAUGUCUUCCCGAGUUAUAUAGAUUUCGAAUCAGGGAGGAGAAUGUCGUUUUGGGUACGUUUCGAUUCGUUCAUGUACUGCACGAGAAUCGAUUUCUCAGGAACUUGUACUAUACAUAUGUGUUGCCUUAAAGUCUUGUACUGUGUACUAACCUUAGAGGAUCAAAGGCAAAACCUCUGGUUCAGGUCGAAGGUGCUCAGAUUUGAUUGUUU